UCAUGGCCUUCGCAGGCUUGAAUGGAGGCCUAGCUAGCUCUAAAGCCAAUGGUGCUGCGCCUCAGGUCACAGCCGCAAGCUGCACAAGGCGGAGACGGCCAGCAAGUGCGCCUGCCCCCACAGUCCGCAGGGUACUUACAACAACAACUCCAAGACCCUGUGCGCUCGUUGCUGACACCUCCUGUCCUCCUUUUUCGAUUCUUCUUUUCGAUCUUGUCUUUUCUCAUACGCGAGCAUUGCUACCUACUGUUGACCACCUACCCCUCACCAACCCCACCAUCAGCUGUACGCGCCUGAUAGGCACCUGAAUCUGACUCUCAGCCUCACGAAAGACAGCACCGCAGUCCCGUCACUGCGACAGAUUCGCCCACAAUGAUGACAAAUAUGCUCAACAAGCUGCACGGCCAGCC